AUGCCUUCCUUCACAUCUGCCAACGAGCCCGUGUUGGACGCCUCCAACCUGGAGCUCCUCCGCCAGAAGCUGGCUGAGGAUGUGCGCAUUGAGAAGUACACUCCUCUCGCCCCUCCGGAGCUCGUCCAGUUCGAGAUCGGCCUCUCCGCCGAGUCUCUCCUCACCGUCCUCAACAGCCGUAUUGAGGCUCGCCAGAUCAUCCGUCGGGAAUCGGACCGCCUCCUUGUCCUAGUUGGUCCUUGCAGCAUUCACGAUCCGGAAACCGCUCUCGAAUACGCCGCUCGCCUGCGCGAGCUGGCUGCCGAGCUCCGGGAUGAUCUCUGCAUCGUCAUGCGCGCCUACUUGGAGAAGCCCCGUACCACUGUGGGCUGGAAGGGAAUCAUCAACGACCCCGAUGUUAACGAUAGCUACAACAUCAACAAGGGUGUGAAGAUUGCUCGCAAGCUACUAGCGGACAUCACCCAUCUUGGCGUCCCCGUUGCCAGCGAGAUGCUUGACACCAUCUCGCCCCAGUACACCGCUGAUCUGAUCAGUGUCGGUGCCAUCGGUGCCCGCACCACCGAGUCCCAGCUCCACCGUGAGCUUGCUUCUGGACUGUCUUUCCCAGUCGGCUUCAAGAACGCUACCGACGGCUCUGUCAACACUGCCGUGGACUCCCUGAAGUCCAUGCGUGGCCGUCACCACUUUAUGGGCACGACCAAGCAGGGUGUUGUUGCCAUAACCACCACCAAAGGCAACGAGGAUGGCUAUGUCAUCCUCCGUGGCGGUACCCGCGGCACCAACUACGACGCGGAGAGCGUCAAGGCUGCGCGUGAGCUCCUCCACUCCAAGGGCGAGCGUGACGUCGUCAUGAUCGACUGCUCCCACGGCAACUCCCAGAAAGAUCACCGCAACCAGCCCAAGGUCCUCAAGGUGAUCGAGGAGCAGCUUCGCCAGGGUGAGAACGGCAUCAUCGGCGUGAUGGUGGAGUCCAACAUUCGCGAAGGUAACCAGAAGCCCGCCCCUGGCCUCCAGGGUUGUGAGAAGGGCGUCAGUAUCACCGAUGCCUGCAUCGACUGGGAGACCACCGAGACCUCUCUUCGCUCUCUUGCUCAGGCGGUGAAGGACCGCCGUGCCCGAUUUUCCAUGGGCAAGAACUAG